AUUUGACAGCACGACAGAUUGUGAGGGGGGCUAGCAAUCACAUGUUCGAAGUUGUAUGUCGGUUUUUAUAGCAUGACAGAACUUACAUUUGGUCUAACUAUUGUCCGACAUGGAGAAACACAGUACAAUAAAGACGGCUUUCUACAAGGCCAGGGUAUAGAUUCUCCCUUGUCUGAGAUAGGGCUGCGGCAGGCAGAGGCGGCAGGCCUGUACCUGAAAGAUGUCGAGUUCACCAACGUCUUUGUCAGUGACAUGCUGCGGGCUCAGCAGACUGCUGAAACAAUAAUGAAACACAACAGUAGUUGCUGUGGUCUAGAAAUGGUGUGUGACCCUUCACUUAAGGAGAGGAGCUUUGGGAUUGCAGAGGGGCGACCAGUGCAGGACAUGAGGGACAUGGCCAAGGCAGCUGGUCAGUCGUGUCAAGAUUUCACCCCCCCAAAGGGGGAGAGUCAAGAGCAGGUGAAGGAGCGGGUCAAAGAGUUCCUACAACUCAUGUUCCAGCGAAUGGCCGCCGACCACUUGCAUGACAAGGGGCAGAAUGAAACCUCCACAUCUGCUGAACCAGAAAUGUCUCCUUUGGAGGGGAAGGCGGACGAUGGGGUCAAGAGCAUCCCUGUCCAUGCCCUGGUGGUCAGCCACGGGGCCCUCAUACGCGUGACGUUGCGCUACUUUGUGGAGGAGCUGCAGUGUCCCCUACCGCUGGGUUCCGAUGAAGCACAUAUGUUCUCCUUGUGUCCCAACACGGGCCUAUGCCGGUUUGUGUUAACUGUGAAGAAAGAGGGAGACAUGGUCAAGUUCUCCAGGAUCCACUCUGUGUUUGUUCACAGGGGAGACCAUGUUAAAGAAUAGGUGUAGAUGGAGCUAGGGGGUCAUAUAAGACUGUGAUGAGCAGUUGAAGAGGAGGAGAAGGAAGUUUGAGGUGGAAAAUGGACAGUUAUGCAGACUCGUCAGUGAAAUGAAGUUUACAGUCAAUGCAAAAGUUUAUCUGUAUUUAUUUGUCUGAUUUUGAAUUUACGCAUGACAGUGGUAAUUGUACCAUACUUUGUUUUGCUCAGGUAUUUAUACCACUUGUCCAUAAGCCAUAUAAAAUAUCCAAAUUGUCAAUUUAAUUUUUUUUUUUUGCCAUUCCAUGUAUACACACACCAAGUAGUCAAAUUUUUUUAUCCAUUGGAUACAUUAUCAAAUCACAAAAUGUAGUUAAUGACAGAAAACACUGGAUUACUAUGUUCUUUGUACAAUCAAAGGGCAAUAUUUAAGAAUAACUGUUGCCUCUUUAAAAGAUGAACAAUAAACUUUGCUGAGAAUUAA